UUUGGAGGUGAUCAAAAAGCUGGUCCAACCAGGACUUCUUUUGGUUUAAGUGAAAAAAACUUUCUUCGAGAAAAUGGCGGAUACGAAAUCCCAAGAGGAAACAUUUAUUCAAAACAUCCUGGGCAUUGAUGAUGGAACAGCAAGCUUAAGUGCGGGCGAACUACCUAUGGCCAGGAGUUUUUUCUGUCCGCUCCUGCUGCUUAUUCUUUGGAUAGCCUCCUUAAGCAUUUUGGGUUGUAUAUGCGUGUGCUGCAAGUUUGUGAAAUCGGAAUCAUUUACGAGCUACGACUCCGACAGCUUUGAGCUGCAGGAGGUUCAUAUCGUGGAGCCCACACUUGGACAUGUCAAAGGAUGUGCGUGCCUGGAGUGCCUGCAUCGCCAGUUGUCCAAGGAAUUCGAGCAAAGCAAUGGAAAGUAGAUUAAAUGGUACC